UAAAGAAAUACAUAAAAAAAAAACAAGCAAAUCAAAGUAGAAAAAAGAAAAGUAUGACAACUAUCUUUACCAAUCAAUAAUACGUAUAAGAGAACGUCUGCCACGUAAUAGAGCGUUCUGUUGGGUAGCCAUCUUGAGUUAGAAUCUAUGCUGGGCUUUAAAUGUGUUACCGCUUAAACGGCUUCUGAUCAUGGGACAGAGUAGUAGUUGCUUUACUGAUCGAGAGCUCGAAGCCUAUGAGACAGCAACAUAUCUCUCUCGGAACGAAAUCCAUGUAGCUUUUAAAACAUUUUGGAACUUGGAUAAAGCCAAUGUUUCUGUUGACAGAAAUUGUGCGUUACCAAUGGAAACAAUUCAAUCGUUACCUGAACUGAAAGUAAACCCGUUCCAAGACCGAAUAUGUCAAGUAUUCUCAACCAAUGACAAUGGAGCCUUAACAUUUGAAGAUUUCCUCGAUAUGUUAUCUGUGUUUAAUGAUAAAUCUACAUUAGAAACGAAACUGGAAUACGCAUUCCGCAUUUAUGAUUUCGAUGAUGACAAAAUAAUUUCCCGAAGUGACAUUGAACAAGCAAUUUUAUGUUUAAUCAAGACGAGCCAUGCAUGUGAUGAAGACAUCUUAUCCGAAGAACAAAUAGAGUUUCUCAUUGAUAAAGUAAUGGAUGAGGCAGACAUGGAUAUUGAGGAUGGUAUUGGAUAUGCAGAGUUCUGCAGCUUGAUGAGGAAAAAACCAGAAUUCCUAGAAUACUUCAGCAUCCGAUUAUGAAUAACGAAUGAUGAUGAUGAUCUGAUGAAAUACACUGCAACGAUUAUGUUCUUAGCAGUUGGUAAUUCAAGCCAUUAAUGGCACAUUUAUCUGUGGUUACAAGUAAAAGCAAACAAGAUUUUUCCAUGCAGCUGUUUCUGAAGAAAAGAAAGAGUAAAUAUUAUAAAACUUUCAUGGUAAAUCAAUAUAUUUUAUUUACAAAAUAUACAAUAAACAUUAACUAUUGAAUGACUUCUA